GUUCCGAACUUGCCUCCCCUUCUUUUUCUCCGUUUCUCGACAAAAAUCCUCAACUCAAGCCAAAGGAAUCCCGUUGAUCCUCUCUUCCCACCGGAAAAUCUCGUUCCGCCCGGCACCACCUUUUUCCUGGCUUUAUUCCGGCCACUUCUGGUGAAGAACCAGCGAAGGAAAAGCCUGCCAACAAGAUGAUGACACCAUCGAAGGGAAGGCAAACCUCCAGCCCCCAUGUCGAUCGAACACGCAGGAUUUCAGAGAACUCGAACCCUAAUAUCUCUCCUGGCUGCCACUUCAACAAAUCCGGCAGCUCGCCGUCUGUUUCCGCCAAGGUGAAGCCGUCGUCUACUUUUGCAAACGCCCUCUGUGCAGCCUCCCAAAAAAUCAAGCAAAGAAAGUUCGUGGUCGCCAAGAAGAAUGCAAAAGCUUCCGUAGAAGAUACCGUGAUUUGCGAAUGUGGAGAAAAGAAGGCUGUAAAUUCAAAGAAGUGCCGAUGUGUCGCCUAUGAAAGCCUCCGGAAUUCUCAGGAAGAGUUUUUUCGGCAUCGGGAGAUUGAAAAAGAGGAGGAUGCACCAAAUGAUCCAGAGAAAUCAAGCAUCCCGGCCGCUCAAGUGGAAAACCAGGAGCAGAACGCUGAGAAUCCAACCCAAACCAAAGAGGAUAGUCCGAGGAGAUUGAGAACGGAGAUUCUUGAGCAGGCACUGAACAGCAUGCCGGAGCAGGGAUCGGGAAGAGUCAGGCAUUUGGUAAAAGCUUUUGAGAGCCUUUUUUCCUUUCCCCAGCAUGAUGACGCGCACCAAGAAGGCAAAAAACCAAGCAAAGUCAUGAAAUGGGCAUUGCCCGGCUUGCUACCUCCUGGUGCGGGAGAAGCUUCAUCUUCGUUUAAGCCAUUGUCCGUUUCCUCAUCGUCCGAGUUCUUCUUUAAUAGACUAAAUUCGGGGACGAAUUCCAUUCUUUCCGCCUCUGUUAACACCAGCGAGGGAAGCUUAGGAAGUAGAACAUCCAGCGGGAGCGGAAGAAGCAGAAGAAACAGUACAGAUUCUGCGAGCAGAGUGGGAGGAAGAAGCUGGAAUAAGCAACUAAGGGUGACCAGUCAGAAACCUUUUAAACUAAGAACAGAGCAAAGAGGGAAGCAGAAACAGGAUGAUUUUUUUAAGAGAAUACAGGAUAUGCUAGUAGUGGAGGCAAGCAAACGUAUACCAAUUGCUCAGGGUCUUCCAUGGACAACAGACGAACCACAGUGCCUAUUGAAGCCUGCUGUAAAAGAAACUACUAGACCAUUAGAUGUCAAACUCCACAGUGAUGUCCGUGCUGCUGAGCGUGCAGAGUUUGAUCAAGCUAUGCAAGAGAAGUUGUCUCUCAUGGAACAAUAUAAGCAAGAGCAAGAGAGACAGCAAAAGAUGGCUGAGGAGGAAGAAAUUAAACGGCUAAGGAGAGAACUUAUACCUAGAGCACAGCCAAUGCCAUACUUUGACAGGCCUUUCGUCCCUAAAAGGUCACUGAAACACCCAACAAUUCCAAGGGAGCCUAAAUUUCACGCUCCACAUCAGAAGAAGAUAAGGUGCAUGUCAUGGAAUGACAUCAAUUUCAACUAAAGUGGAAUGUAAAGUGGAGCAUACAAUAAAUUGCAUUUUCUCAUUUUUCUAUCUUUUUUUUCUUUAAAGAGGAAAUAUUUGGAAGCAUUCUGUCGCAUUAACCUCGUGUUGGGCCGUUUCAAGUCAAAAUGCCAUUGACAAAUUUUAUGUAAAAACUCUGAUAAGGCUGUCCAUAUACUAUGCAAUAUUUGAUAGAAAGGGUUGCUGUUGAGUUUUUUCGUUCUUUGACAA